ACAGAACUGUUUCCUCGCGUCGUUUCUUCGGAGCCUCCAAACCUCCACAAACCUCCACCAACUCCUCCACCUCCACCGACCCCAGACACCGCCUUCAGGAGCCGCCGAGGAGCCGCCGAGGAGCCGCCGAGGAGCCACGACAGCGACUUUUUGAGCCGUUUUCGGAGUUUGGCGCAAACUCCCCACAGGAUUUGUCGGUGAUAAUGUUGAGUUUAACUUAGUGAAGCCCUGGAGCUCAGCACUGAGGUGUAGUCGCUCGGUGUAAAGUGUCGCCCCCUAGGCCUGGUCUGGGGAAUCUCUGUGGAAGAACCUUCAUCACAGGACCACAGACGUGUAACGGAGUAACUGGACCGUUUGUUCAAAGUCCGCUCGUGAAAUGCUCUCUGGCUGUCGCCGCAGGGAAGACUUGGGUUCUGCUGCAUUUUUCCAACACCGGACCGAUGUGGAGGCGGCCGUCCCGUCCUGCUCCGCUCCCAUGACUUUGGGCGCUCUCCAAACCAUGCUGGAGUGUUUGAGCGUUCCAUCUUUGAACACGCGAGGGUCGACGUAUUCAAGAAAUAACUCUACAAAACGAUCUUAUGGACAGAAACUAUUGACUCAUGGACAUUAUCACAAGGGACAGUUGUCAAAAAGCGAUUCUGUCGAUGCUAGCUCAAACGAUGAAAUGCGUCCAAAUUUUAAGAGGUCACCUUCCCCGGGAUCAAACAUUAAUCUUCAGCCCUUAACCGAUGCUUCAGUUGACUCUGUCCCGCCCAGUGCACCGCUCGCUGGUAGUAAACAAUAUCUGGACGAUGAUCAAAUCCUGCAAAAGAUCGAGAACAAGCUUAAAGAAUUCAGAGCCAAAAUGAAGGAGUUGAAAAAGCGAAGUUCCUCUGAUGCUUUGAACUGCAAACCUUUAAGUUCAACUCAGGGCUGCACAUCCGUCGCGUCUGCCGUGACUGGAGCAGCUGUAAAAGCCACAGAGAAGGUCGUGGCGAGGGCCGUCAGUGAAAACGAGCGUUCAAAGAGCAGCAGGCAAGAUCCAGAGGGGACUCAAAUGAAGAGCGCGCCAGAGGGGACCCAAAUGAAGAGCGCGCCAGAGGGGACCCAAAUGAAGAGCGCACCAGAGGGGACCCAAAUGAAGAGCGCGCCAGAGGGGACCCAAGUGAGGAGCGCGCCAGAGGGGACCCAAGUGAGGAGCGCGCCAGAGGGGACCCAAAUGGAGAGCGCGCCAGAGGGGACCCAAAUGAAGAGCGCGCUGACUGAAGAUCAUUCUACAGAGCAUGUUCGGAUAAUGCGGGAGACUGCUGCAGUUCACUCAGAGAUGGAGGACAAGGAGAGCAGUUCUGAGGUUCUCAGGGCCAUGUCUGAUCCGCCAUUGGAGGAAUUGGUUAAGGAAAACCAAAGCUUUACUGUACACCACAACCCACCAAGUCAAGUACACGUUUGUGCAGGAACUGACCCGCGUAGCCCUCAAAAGGAUAUGAUCAAGAAAGAGGACAUUGAACCUGAGGCUGUGGACUUAAUGUUAAGCAAGUCUCCUCCAAAGUUGUUAGCAUGUACAACUAAGGACCAGCAACCCUUUGGUUCGGCUUCAAACGACCAAACUUUUCACAGAGUUGAAAAGUCCAAACAAAGUCCAUCCAACUCUCCUGCUGGUCAUGGAAACUUGACUCUGAACUCGAGUCAGACUGGGGAAUGCAAUAAUACCAAUGUUAAAUCCUUUGUUGCUGACUGCAAACAAGUAAUUAAGCCUGAAGCACAAUCAGAAGAACUGAUAGAAAGCGAGGAAAAGGCGGUCCAGGCUAGUAGGGAGAUGGAUUCGUUCCCUUGCAUAAGUGAGGAGUGGGGUAGUCUGAGAGAUCCAAAGUAUGACGACAUAUCAGAAGAAGAGGUUGAUGUAACGCCACAGGUUUCCCCACACGCUGUGACAAAUGCUACAUCAGAAGAAGCAGUACCUCCUACACCUGAACAGCAAGACAGUUUUGAAAAAGUACCUCGUCCAAAAUAUGCCCAAGCGACAUCAUUUUUACAACAGGAAGUACAUUCAGAGGAGGAUUCAGAGGAGGAGUCGGAUUCAGAGGAGGUGAUACUUUUUGCGACGGAGUUAGAGUUAAUGGAUGAGAUCAUUGUUCUGGACUCUAGUGACGAUGAGGAGGAAUUGGAGUGUGUUUCCAUUGCAGAUCAACACCCUGAUUUUCCAAAAGUUGAAGAGUUUGAGACAUUUGAGAGUUUUUGGCAAUUCAAAUUAAAACAAUUCAUGAAGAACCUACCUAAUCCUUUGGUAACCAGAAACGCCGAACCAGGAGCUCCUACUCAGUCUGACCCACCCAUUUGCAGUGGACUUGAAUCUUUACCUCUUGAAAAGGCUGCUGCUGAUCAGGUGUCACCUCAUUGUAGUUCACAGAAACAUGGGAACGCUUUUGAAAAGGCCACUGAAGAUUUGGGAAUUUUAAAAAAGUUUGCUCCUGAACAAGUGCUAACCCAUGGCUCUGAGGACAGCAGUGACACCGAAGAUAGUUUGGAUUACCCUUCAUGCACAAAAUCCAACUAUCUGACUGCGUCCAAUCAGGUUAAAGCCCCGUCUCUACAGUCCAAUGACUCAAACGGUGAAGAGCAGGGAGAGGAACUCCAGGCUUCACCAUUGGACUCUGCGGAUUGGUUUCCUGAUUUGUCUCAGGAUGAAAGUGAGAAUGAAGGAAAACCGACAAAAAGGUUCGUAAGCUCUCCCACUGUUGGGGCCCAAGCAACUGUAGGACUCACUGAAAGUACAGAGCCUGACAGGUCUAGAGCUCCACCCAAAAAGGCAAAGUACAAAUCACGCCAUAAUUCUGAGAAUGAUCAAGAUGGGAGUGAGACAUGUAGCUUUUCAGCUGAAGCGUCCACCCAACUACCCAAGAGGCAAGAGUCUUUCAAAUCUAGGUAUAAUCAACCAGAUGUUGGACCACAAAGACCUCGGCAAAACUCCUGCUCUGGUCAGAAUGGCUCAACGGUCCACCGAGCAAUCAAACGAAAAAUACCCAAAACUAACCCCAGAAGUGAAGAACAAGUUAAAAGAAAAAGGCUUUCCCCAGACACGGGUAAACAAGGGCCUCAAAAUAUGCCAGAGAAGGCCAGGGUAAAUGCUACCUGUAGAGCUAAUGCUCAGAAUGCUAAUUUAAAUUUGUCCAAAGAACGGAAACUACAUGGGAAGUUGGUUUCAAGACGGUCUUCAUUGCCCAACCAAAGCAAUGGAAAGUCACCUGAAGCUCAGGCAUUUGGUCUACCUGCCCAAAACCGGAGUCAGCCAACCCCACCGAGUCCACCAAAAUCUCACAACUCAUUUUUAAACCCAAAUGUGAAUUCGUACAGCACUGCGGAAUCAACACCAGCCAAGCAAGCACUUGUCAGGAACUGGUCAAAGAACCACAUCUCAAUCCCGAAAGAGCGGAGAAGCAGCUACGAAGCAGAAAGCACAAGAAUGGUCCAGGAUGGAAAGACACUUAAACAAAGUCCAUCCAAGUCACGGAAGAGACGCAACUCUCAAACUCUGCAGACGCGACUGAUGAAGAAGACCAAGCUUCAAGCCCAGACAUUGACCCAAGCCGUACACCAGAAAGAGUCCACCGUGCAGAGUCAAGUGACCCUCGGUCAGGGGUACAAGUGGAAAGACAAGACACGAGUAGAUCAUAUAGAUGAGGAAUGGCUGGACACGAUGUACGGUGAAACCUUCAAGAGGCCCCAUUACUGACCUGCCCUGACCGUUUUAACCGAACCUUUGACUCUUAAUGGUGUACAUAGACUUUCAACUGUUUAUCUUUUUAUACCUAUUGCCUUUGUUAAAUAUUUAAAGUUUAAAUGAUGCAUUUUUUAUACUGUUCUGUCAAUGUUUUAUAAGUUCAUGUUAAUAGUUUUAAAAUGUUUUCUUCUGAAUAAAACAUACAUGCCAUUAUUUCCAAUUGAAAGGGAAGGGCAUCCAGAGCAACUGGAAAUGCAGC